AUGCUGCUGAGUCGUGAUGGCCAGUACCUGCUGACGGGGGGAGACGGGGGAGUUCUGUCUGUCUGGCAGGUUCACAACCUCAAACAGAUGUUCACCUACCCAGGCUGUGACGCAGGCAUCCGCUCCAUGGCCAUGUCCCACGACCAAAGGUAACAUACACACCUGGACCCUGGUUACUCUGUCAUCUUGUUGUGUGGUAUCAAGUUUUGGCAAAAGGAAGAAAUAAUUGAAAUAUACCAUCUUCAGAUGUGGUUUGUAGUAACUAACAUCAAAACUUCCCACUCUAGAAUGCAUAGAAUACCAAGAUGAAGACCUUGGUGUUAUCCACAGUAUAAUGACAGUAGACGUACUGUGUGUCCUAAAAGUACAUAAUGUUCUGUCUACAUGUAUGAGCCUUAACUCAACACUCCCUCUCGGCUCUGUCCUCUCCUAGGUGCAUUAUAACCGGCAUGGCGUCCGGUAGUAUAGUACUGUUCUACAACGACUUCAACAGGUGGCACCACGAGUACCAGACCAGAUACUGA